UCAGGUGAUCUCCAGUCCUGGCGGCCGCCACCUCUUGCGCCCAGGGAAAAAUGCACAAUGGCCCUCCAGGGCAGUGAGGAGCAGUGGCCCUGGGCCCACAACCCCCGCACCCCAGCCCUGAGUCCACGUGCAGCCCCCUCAGGCCCAGCAGCAGGGGGUCCUGCCUGAGCCUGGCGCCAGCCCACCUCGCGCCCUGCCGCGCCCACAUGGGUCUGUGCUACAGUCUGAGGCCGUUGCUCUUCGGGGACCCGGAGGACGGCCCUCGCGCCACCUCAGAACCCGCCGCGGAAGGGGCGCGGCCGAGCCCGGACUCGGUCCCAGCUGCCGGGGGAGAUGUUGCUCGGACUCCUCACUCGCGGGGCGCCGGCGGGAGUCCGGCCUGCGCCCGACCCAAAGCCAACCCGAAGAAGGAAAGGAGGCGACACGCAGACCAGCUGAGCGCCGAGGAGCGCGAGGCCGAGAGGGAGGCCAGGAAAGUCAGCAGGAACAUCGACCGCAUGCUUCGGGAGCAUAAGCGCGACCUACAGCAGACGCACCGGCUCCUGCUCCUGGGGGCUGGUGAGUCUGGGAAAAGCACUAUCGUCAAACAAAUGAGGAUCCUGCACGUCAAUGGAUUUAAUCCCGAGGAAAAAAAGCAAAAAAUUCUGGACAUUCGGAAAAAUGUUAAAGAUGCUAUUGUGACAAUCGUUUCGGCAAUGAGUACUAUAAUACCUCCAGUUCCACUGGCCAACCCAGAAAACCAAUUUCGAUCAGACUAUAUCAAGAGUAUAGCCCCUAUCACUGACUUUGAGUAUUCCCAGGAAUUCUUUGAUCAUGUGAAGAAACUUUGGGAUGAUGAAGGCGUGAAGGCAUGCUUUGAGAGGUCCAACGAAUACCAGCUGAUCGACUGCGCACAAUACUUCCUGGAGAGAAUUGACAGCGUCAGCUUGGUGGACUACACCCCCACAGACCAGGACCUUCUCAGAUGCAGAGUUCUGACAUCAGGGAUUUUUGAGACACGAUUCCAAGUGGACAAAGUAAACUUUCACAUGUUUGAUGUCGGUGGCCAGAGGGACGAGAGAAGAAAAUGGAUCCAGUGCUUUAAUGAUGUCACCGCUAUCAUUUACGUGGCUGCCUGCAGUAGCUACAACAUGGUGAUUCGGGAAGAUAACAACACCAACAGGCUUAGAGAGUCCCUGGACCUUUUCGAAAGCAUCUGGAACAACAGGUGGUUACGGACCAUUUCUAUCAUCUUGUUCUUGAACAAACAAGAUAUGCUGGCAGAAAAAGUCUUGGCAGGGAAAUCAAAAAUUGAAGAUUAUUUCCCAGAGUAUGCAAAUUAUACUGUUCCUGAAGACGCAACACCAGAUGCAGGAGAAGAUCCCAAAGUUACAAGAGCCAAGUUCUUUAUAAGGGAUCUGUUUUUGAGGAUCAGCACGGCGACAGGGGACGGCAAACACUACUGCUACCCGCACUUCACCUGCGCCGUGGACACGGAGAACAUCCGCAGGGUGUUCAACGACUGCCGCGACAUCAUCCAGAGGAUGCACCUCAAACAGUAUGAACUCUUAUGA